AUUAUCAAUGCAAAGUCGAACACUUUGAGAUUAGAUGCAGAUCAGCGUGCAGGGCUGGACGUGAGGAUGGGGCACUCUUUGCUCUGUUUGCUGGGGUUAUUCUUGCUCAGUACAGUCAUCCAUGGAAACACUGAAGAACUUGGAGUGAAGCCCACUCUGACAGCAGACAGAUUAACCAUACCAGCAGGGGGCAGUGUGACACUGACCUGUGAUGUAAAACACUCUGCUGACUUUGAAUAUGAGUGGUUCAGAGAACCCAGUUUAAACACUGAGAAGACCGCAGUAGUUGGUGAAUCAAAGAGAGAACUUGUGACCUCUGAAGGCGGCAUCUACAACUGCAGAGGACGUAUAAAAGGGACAAAUUCAAUCACAGUAGAAAGUGAUCCAGUCAUCAUUCAGGAAACUGGACAUGGAGUGAAUAUCACUGUAACAGCAGACAGCACAACCAUACCAGCAGGGGGCAGUGUGACACUGACCUGUGAUGUGAAACACUCUGCUGACUUAAAAUAUGAGUGGGUCAGAGAAACCUCAUCUGCAGUGAAGUCCACAGAAACUGUUGGAUCAGAUAAAGUGAUCAAGAUCUCUAAAGGAGGAAAAUACCAAUGCAGAGGAUGGAGAACAGACAUAACUUCACUCAUAGCACAAAGUGAUCCAGUCAUCAUUCAGGAAACUGUUUCCAACAGGAUCGAUGUCACGCUGCAGCACAGCUGGUCUCAGAUAUUCACUGGUGAGACAAUCACUCUCAGAUGUGAGAUUCAGGGAGGUGAAGGAAAGGUGUGGAAAUAUGAAUGGACAGCACCCAACACAAACAGCCCUCCAACAUCCAGUGAAUACAGGAUCAGCAGAGUUUCACUGUCCCACAGUGGAGACUACAGAUGUCGGGGUAGCAGUGACUAUCUCUUAACAGGAUGGAGUGAUGCCUUCAGACUGACAGUUUCAUUUCCCAGUAAGCCCACUGUGACCCUGCAGCCAUCCUGGACUCAGAUAUACAGCGGUGAGACAGUCACUGUCAGAUGUGAAGGAAGUCAGUCGCUGUUUGUAUGGAGAGAAGACGAGUUAAUCAGACCUCGGACACCUGAAUACAGAAUCAGCAGAGCUACUGAGUCUGACAGUGGAGGAUACAGCUGCUGCACCAUGAGUCUUUCAGUGUGCAGUGACAUCAUCACACUGACUGUAUCAUCAGAUAAACCCAGGGCCACACUGACAGCAGGAACAACAAUCAUACCAGUAGGGGGCAGUGUGACACUGACCUGCUCUGUGCAGAGCUCUGAUGGAUGGAAAUAUGAGUGGUUCAGACGAACCCAAAGAACCUCUGAAGGUCAAAUCAGAGAUCAACAAAACAGAGAUAUCAGAGUAUCUCAAGGAGGAAUCUACAGCUGCAGAGGAACAAGAGGAAACCCAGUUUACUACACUGAUAUAAGUGAUGAUGUCACCAUUGAGAUAACCUUUUCCAAUAAAGUUGUUGUAAAACAACAACCCAACUGGCCUCAGAUAUUCAGAGGUGAGACGAUCACUCUGACAUGUGAGGUGCAGGAAGGAGGUGAAACCACUGAGUGGGAGUAUGAAUGGAGAGGACCCAGGACACCCACACAGUGGACACACAAUAAUGAUGUGACAUUCAGAGUUUCUGAGUCCAGCAGUGGAGACUACAUGUGUAAGAGUCGACGCAGAGAUGACUCAUAUUCUUCAACAGAGUGGAGUGAAGCCUUCACAUUGUCAGGAUCAAAUAAACCAAAGGCCAAACUGAGAGCUGAUAACACAACUGUUCCAGUAGGGGGCAGUGUGACCCUGACCUGCUCUGUGAACCCAUCAUCAUCAUCUGGAUGGAAAUACUACUGGUACAGAGAUGAGAAAUCCUCUGAAGCCCUGACCACACAAGAUGCAGUUUUCCACUCAAAUGGACAAAUCAGUGUCUCACAGGAAGGACUCUACAGGUGCAGAGGAGGAAGAGGAAACCCAGUUUACUACACAGAGGACAGCCAGUCAGUCAGGAUUGGGAAAACUGUAACUGUAUCAGGAGCUGACAGCUCUUCAUCUCCUGUGUGGUUGAUUGUUGGACUGGUUUGUGGAGUCUCUCUCAUUAUUAUUCUCCUGCUCUUGUUGUAUCGCUGCAGACAGUCCAAGUGUGCAGAUAAACCCCCAGAUGUCAUUUACUCUAAUAUUGAACUUGAAAACUUUGUUAAUAAGUGGAAGCAUCAUAAACCAGAGCAGAGUGCUGUUUACACUAAUGUGAAGACGGGAGCUGCAGAGGACAGUCUGAUGUAUGCUGAGGUCAAACAGCCCAAAAAACAAAAAGCCAAGAAAAACAAAGGAAAAUCAAGUCCUGCAGCUGAUGCAGCAGUUUAUUCUGAAGUCACAUCAGGAAGCUCUCUCAGUCAGUGAGGAGAGCUGUAGCAGCAAAGCCAAGAAGAAGCUUUUUAUGAAGCCACUCUUGCUCCUCUGCUCCCCAAAUA